AGAAUUCGCUUUAGAACUAUAAGUAAAAAUGUCUCAAGAUGAUACUCCAAGAGUUCUUUCCAUACAGAGUCAUGUGGUACAUGGUUAUGUUGGUAAUAAAAGUGCAGUUUUUCCAUUGCAAGUUCUAGGUUUUGAAGUAGAUUCCAUAAAUACUGUACAGUUUUCAACACACACAGCAUACAAACAUAUCAAGGGUUAUGUAUUGAAUAAUGACCAAAUGAAGGAAUUAGUUGAAGGCCUGGUACUGAAUGAGGUUGACUAUUAUACACAUUUCCUAACUGGUUACUCAAGAUCGCCAGAUUCUCUCAGAGAAAUAGCUAAAAUAAUAAAACAACUGAGAGAGAAAAACCCAAACUUAAUAUAUGUCUGUGACCCGGUGAUGGGUGAUAAUGGAAAAAUGUACGUACCCGAAGAGAUUCUGCCGGUAUACCGCGACGUUCUGGUACCGCUAGCAGACAUUUUGACCCCAAACCAAUUCGAAGCAGAAUUGAUCACCGGCAUUCCAAUGAAGGAUCUCGAUGGUGCUCUGAGAGUCAUACAGAGGCUCCACGAUAUGGGAGUAAAGACGGUGGUGCUGUCUAGUACCGAUCUGGGAGACGAGGAGAAUAUGAUCGGCCUGGCUAGUACUGGAGGAUCGUGUUACAAGAUCCCAAUACCCAAAGUGGAGGCAACGUUCACGGGUACCGGAGACUUGUUCGCGGCGUUAUUCCUCGCGUGGUCACACUUGACUGGCAACGACGUCAAACUGGCCCUCGAAAAGACGAUAGCGACUCUGCAGAGUAUUGUGGUGGAUACAUACCAAACGGCUAGAGCGUCUCAUCUGACCGGAAAAAUACCACCACGGUUCACUGAACUCCGUCUCGUGCAAAACAAAACCGUCAUUGAAGACCCAAAAAUUAAAUUAAAGGCUGUGAAAAUAAACUAGAUUAUAUCUAGAAGUACAAUGUGCUUC